GGGCAGCGCCGGGGGGGGGGGAGGGGGGUUCGGGGAGGGCGGCCCUCGGCGGCUGCCCGCGACGGGGCCGAGCGCUCCAGCGGCGGCGGGGGGGGGGGCGGUGCGUUCUUUCCGUGGGGCCCGCGAGUGCCCCGUCCUGGUGCCGCUCGCCGCCGCGGGCAGCUGACCUGGGCUGGCCAGAGCCCCCGGGCGGGGCUGCCCAAGGGCCGGGAGGGAGGCGGCAGCCGGGCCGUUGCGCCCCCUCCCCCGGCCGGGACCGCCCUGCACUGGCCAGCCGGCCCUCGGGGCGGGGGCGGGCUCCUCGCGGGCUGGGGCUCGAGCGCUGCCGCCGCCACGGGCGCCUGGGCGGGCGGGCUCUGGUGGGCGGCGUCGCUCGGGCCCAGCAUGCCCGCCUGGGGGGUCCUGCCCGCCGCCCUGCCCACCCUCAGCAUCCCCGGCAUGUGGAUCGUGUACGCUAUGGCCCUCUCCAACAACCACAUCUGCCCAGUCCACAAUUGGAUUUAUAAUCAGUCAUGUGAGCUGGAGAGCUCGAUUUUCUGCUGCACCCUUGAUCACAUUCCUCUGGUCAGCAAGUGUGGCAACUCCCCCCCAGAGAGCUGCUUCUUCAGUCUGAUCUGCAGCCUGGGCUCCUUCAUGGUGAUGCUGGUGGGCCUGCUGAGGUAUGCGCAAGUCCUUGAGCACUGUGGAUCUUCCCUUCUCAACACCCUGGGACUGGCAGCAGGCUGGACCUGUGCCGCUGGGCUCAUCAUGGUUGGCAGCUUCCAGUGCUUAGAUGGAAUCGACUACGAUGAUUUCCAAUUUGCCCAUCACAUGAUGGACCAGAAAGAACUGCUCAUGGAGACAGUUGAAGGCCCAUUUCUCACCAUAGUAGAGCAACCAAAGCAGCGAGGUUUCCGGUUCCGCUAUGGCUGUGAAGGUCCCUCACAUGGUGGGUUGCCGGGAGCAUCUAGUGAGAAGGGGCACAAGACCUACCCCACGGUCAAAAUCUCUAAUUUCGUUGGUCAGGCUAGGAUAGAAGUGGACCUUGUGACUCACACAGACCCGCCUCAGGUGCACGCCCACAGCUUGGUAGGGAAGCAGUGCAAUGAAGUUGGGAACUGCCUUGUGACGGUGGGCCCGAAGGACAUGACUGCACAAUUCAAUAACCUGGGUGUUCUUCAUGUGACGAAGAAAAACAUGAUGGAGAUAAUCAAGGAAAAACUGAAGGACCAAAAGAUUCGGAACAGAGCACAGCCUCUGACAGAAUCAGAGCUAGCGGCCAUUGAGCAGGAGGCGAAGGAGCUGAAGAAAACGAUGGACCUCAGCAUCGUCCGCUUGCGCUUCAGCGCCUACCUUCGUGACAGCAGCGGAGGCUUCACUCUCGCCUUGACCCCGGUGAUUUCAGACCCAAUUCACGACAGCAAGUCUCCUGGGGCUUCCAACCUGAAGAUCUCCCGGAUGGACAAAACGGCCGGCUCAGUACGAGGUGGGGAUGAAGUUUACCUGCUGUGUGACAAGGUCCAGAAAGAUGAUAUUGAAAUACGGUUUUAUGAAGACGACGAGAAUGGCUGGCAAGCCUUUGGGGACUUCUCCCCCACAGAUGUACACAAACAGUAUGCCAUUGUGUUUCGCACCCCACCUUACCACAAAAGCAAGAUAGACCGUCCGGUGACUGUGUUCCUCCAGCUGAAGCGCAAGCGAGGGGGCGACGUGAGCGACUCCAAGCAGUUCACUUACUACCCAGUGGUGGAAGAUAAGGAAGAAGUGGAAAGAAAGCGAAAGAAGACGUUGCCUCAGUUCCCUCAGCACUUCGGGGGUGGGGCGCCCAUGGGAGGUUCUGGCGGCAGUGCUGGUGGGUACGGCGCUGGAGGAGCUGGGAGUCCUUGGCACUCGUCUGGAUACAACCCUUACAGCAGUAACAUCUACCUUUCUGGCACCCACCCCAUGGGCAGCUACCAGGGAGGGAGAGGCAUUCAGGCGGCAAGGACUGACCCGCUGGAAGAGGCAGGACAUCGUUCCUCAGAAGAGGGGAACGAGCUCUCCAUGGAGGAAAAGAGCUACUUGGAACUGCUGCAGCACGCUCAGGACUACAGCAGGUGGAUGCUGGUGCUGGCUCGGCGCAGCGCCCGGGCGCUUCUGGACUACGCCGUCACUGCUGACCCACGGCUGUUGCUGGCUGUUCAAAGGCAUCUGGCUGCUUCUCAGGAUGAGAACGGAGACACGCCUUUGCACUUGUCCAUCAUCCAUGAGCAGACAGCUGUAAUUGGGCAGCUGGUCCAGGUAGCAGUCAGCAUUCCCAAUCAGCAGAUCAUCAACAUCGCCAACCAUUUGCAGCAGACUCCGCUGCACCUGGCAGUGAUCACCCGGCAGCCCAGAGUGGCUGCUUACCUGCUGCAGGCAGGGGCGGACCCCACCCUGUUGGACCGCUAUGGGAACUCUGUGGUGCACUUGGCUGUUCAGUCGGGGGAUCAGGAUAUGCUGAGGACGCUCUUCUGCCGGCUGGGCCCCCACGCCCUUCACCUCCUGGAGACACCCAACUAUUCGGGGCUUUUCCCCGUGCACCUGGCGGUUAAGAACAAGAGCUUGGUCUGCCUGGAGCUGCUGGUGGAGAAGGGAGCUGACGUCAAUAUGGCCGAGCGGCAGAGUGGCCGGACACCUUUGCACCUGGCAGUGGAGAUGGAUGACCUGAACCUGGCCUCACACUUGUUGAAGAAGCUGCGGGCGGAUGUGAAUGCCUGCACGUCUGCCGGGAACACACCUCUCCACUUGGCAGCAGGGAAGGGCUCCCCGAUUCUUACGAAGUUGCUCAUCAACGCUGGGGCGGACAUCUUGUGUGAGAACGACGAGCCUCUCUUGGCCUUUUCUUCUGACCUGAGUAGCGAUGAUGAAGCAGAGGAAGAGUGGAUCAUGGAGCUGGAGGAGUUGGCAGAAGCGGAUGAGCACCACGCAGGCUGCGAGAGGGAAGCGCCUGCUGUCAAUCAGGGCCGGGGACACACCCCGUUGGACUUGACGCGCAGCCAGAAGGUGAAGGAUAUUUUGCUGGAUGCCACAUUCCGGAGCCCGGCAAAGGAGACACGUGCCACUUCUCCUAGCCCAGGGAGCAUCCUGUCCCUGGACAACGGCAGCCUCCAGAGUCUAGAGCAGCUCCUGAACCGGGACUGCCAAGGGGCAGAUUGGUGUGAGCUGGCCAAGAGGUUGGGCCUGUGCACUCUGGUGGAGACCUAUAAGGGCACCGUUUCCCCCAGCAGGAGACUGCUGCAGAGCUAUGAGCUAGCGGGGGGAAGCCUUCAAGGCCUGCUGGAUGCCCUUGACUCGAUGGGCUUGACCGAGGGAGUGAGGCUGCUGGGAAUGCCGGACACCAUUGUCAAGUUGCAGAGUGCAGAGGUGAAGGAGGACAGCGCUUAUGGGAGCCAGUGUGUGGAGGAGGAGGAGGAGGAGGAACCCACCGCCCUGCCUGCCAAGCUGCAGCCAGCCUCUCCAGUGGACCUGGCCGCUCUGUUGCUGCCCAGCCCACAGGGCCCAGGGCCCUGAUUCUGGAAGAACCGGGCUCUGCCAGACUUGGGGCAAGGGUCUACCUCGAAGGGCUUGGGCUCCCUCUUGGGUGGCUGAGCGUGGCUGGCCUGCCAAAGGUGGGGCUCUGUCCAGCCUGAGUCAUGGGCCACAGUGGUUCCUGUGCCCUGGGGAGGGUUGGGCUGAUCAUGGUCCUGCAGCUGUUCUUUCUGGGACUCUUCUGUGAUUUGUUGGACAACACGAGCAGCUUCCGCGGAAGACCGUCUCUUGCUGGACUCUGAUGCUGUGGGUGCCUUUUACGGAAGUCCUGUUGAUUCAAGUGCUUUCUGUCCGGGAACUGGCGCACUGCUGCCCUCUGGGGCCAAGCUUUGCACACAGGGCUUGGACAUGUUGGGGGCAAUUGUGCAAAAAAUGGGGCUGGGUGGGGGGAGAUCUGUUGGUUCCUUCAGUCCAGUCAUAUCAGAUUGGCUUGGAGGUUUCCCCGUUGGGUCAUCCGCCAAGAUCCUUGAAGGUCUCGGCCGUUCUGCAGUUGUGCUUCCCUUUCAGUUAUUUGUGAAGAGCAUCUUGGGCUAUGCCCUUAAGUGCAGUUUUAACUAUUAGGGACAUGGCAGGGGGAGAGGAUGACUCACAAGUAGAAAAAUGCCCUUUCCUGAGCUUGACUGAUGGUUCCCAGCCCCAGCGGAGGGGUCCUGUCCCCCGGCUCCUCAUCAUCACCUGGAAAUGCUGCUGAUGGGCGUGGUUUUGUGCACAGAGAAAAUCCUACUGGUGGCACUGAGUAAAUUUAUUCCAUUGAGUAAUGUGAGCUCGCCUGUCAUUGCUAGACCAGUGGCCGAUGUGAAGUUGCUGAGCUUUGGGGUAAUGGCUUUAUAGUUUCAGAUCUGUCUGGUUAACUGGCAGGGAUUCUAAACAAAAACUACAAUUCCUGUGGCAGAAGGCAUCCAAGUUGGGAGUGGAAUAAAUGAUGCACAUUUUUCA